AUGCCUUCCGCCGAUCCCAUCGCGAUUCUUCCGCGCUCGCAAACGGCCAUUGUUGCCCAAGGGCCCGGAAAGCUUACAGUUCAGCACGAUGCUCCCAUACCGGCACUAGCAUCGGACAUGGUGAUGGUCAAAACAGCUGCUGUCGCCAUCAAUGCCGCAGAUGCGAAGAUGCUGGACUAUAGCGCGGCUCCUGGGGCAAUUCAUGGCUAUGACUUCGCAGGAAGCAUUGUUGCCUUGGGGGACGGUGUCCUGGCCUCGGGUCGAUUCGCAGUUGGGGAUCGCGUUGCGGGUUACGUACACGGAAUGUAUGCUCUUUCGAGUGCCACAUAUCAAAGUUCCUCGUGGAAACUCCAUCAAACUGAACUGACAUUGCCCAGGAACAAACUACGGCCCGAUGUUGGAGCCUUUGCCGAAUAUGUUGGAGCCACCGCCGACUUGCUGCUGAAGCUCCCUGAUGAAAUGACGUUUCACGAGGCUGCUGGUCUAGGCGUCGGAGUUGCGACAACAACAGUGGGACUGUUCAGCGAACUGGGUGUGGCAAGUUUGGACCAGCUUCAUGCUGGCAACAAGGACGUUCAAGACAAAGCAGAGGCAGAGUUUGUUCUCGUGUCCGGUGGAAGCACAGCAACUGGCACACGUGCCCUUCAAUUACUGAAACUUGCUGGCCUCCGACCGAUCGCAACAUGCUCGCCUUCCAAUAUUGAUCUGGUGACUCGCUUUGGCGCUGAAAAGGCAUUCGACUACCACUCCCCUACUUGCGCGGCAGAUAUUCGGGCAUAUACCGGGAACCAACUUGCCUACGCUUUCGACUGCAUCUCACAAGUGGACACGACCACUCUGUGCUAUGCAGCACUCGGGCGCGCAGGAGGUCGCUAUGUAGCCCUGGAUCCGCCCCGCGAGGCUGUAACUCAGACUCGGGCAGCUACGGUCGAGCCAUCGUGGAUUAUGGGCCUGACGCUGUUUGGGAGCAAGAUUGCCCUCGAUGGUGAAUACUAUCGCGAUGCCCGGCCGCAGGAUCGUGUUUUUGGUGCCGCGGCCUUCAGGGCUGUGGAGGAUCUGUUGCAUCUCGGCUUGAUUCAACCGCAUCCUGUCAAAAUAAUGCCGGGAGGCUGGGAAGGCGUAAUGCGAGGAGUGGAUAUCAUACGCAGCCAACCUCCAUCCGGUUACAAGAUGGUGUACACUAUUACUUAG